CGCCGGGCCCGCGCCGAGCCGCCCUCCGCCGCCAUGCCCUCGGAGAAGAGCUUCAAGCAGCGCCGCACCUUCGAGCAAAGAGUGGAAGAUGUACGACUGAUUCGAGACCAACAUCCAACUAAAAUACCAGUGAUUAUUGAAAGGUACAAGGGGGAGAAACAGCUUCCAGUCCUGGAUAAGACUAAGUUCCUGGUUCCAGAUCAUGUCAACAUGAGUGAGCUCAUCAAAAUUAUCAGGCGCCGGCUGCAGCUCAACUCCAACCAGGCCUUCUUCCUGCUGGUGAACGGGCACAGCAUGGUGAGCGUCUCGACGCCCAUCUCCGAGGUGUACGAGAGCGAGAAGGACGAGGACGGCUUCCUCUACAUGGUGUACGCCUCGCAGGAGACGUUCGGGGCGCAGCCUGCCCGCUAGGCUGCCCGCAGCGGCGUUACCCUUGGCCAUCACCCCCUUCUUCCCCACGCGCACCCCAGGGAAAAGAACCAGACGUCACCGAUGCUCUCAGUACCUUAGCCUAGUCUUGCUUUAGCGGGUGUCUCAUCUUACCUUGCCUUGUUUGUGAAUAGUGAGCAGUACAGGCGAGCACCUCUGCCUUUGGGAAGCUGCUGCAAGGCUCCACGCAGGCACGUUGACGGGCCUGGACUCGGCAGCGGAUCCCAGUCGCGCGCGCGUCAGCUGCAAGUGAAGGGAGACUCGGUUCACUUGAACGGGCAAACAGGCACCGGUGAGAAGCUAAAGUUUCGUGUGACACUUUUCUGGAAAAGCUCCGUUUCCUUUUCUUUUUUUUGGUGUUGUUACCUUUUUUUUUUUUUAAUGGGAAAGCUUUUAGCGAGAGCCAGUACAUUUAAUGUUCCAAAGUGGAGAUUUGUCUCAGUGCUGCGGUGGGUUAAGGCAAGCACUUGGGGUGAGACAAGGGAGGAAAACUCCUAUUUCCUGACUUAUUUUGUUUCCCUUUUUUGGUACCGCCACCUUCGAGGUGGUGCCACUUUCUGAAAUACUCAUACCAAACACCACAGCUUUAUGUAGUUCUAGGAUGUUAACUGUACAGCACGCACCUGGACGGGCGAUGUUCCAAUAAACUGCGCUCUGCUCCGAAUCCCCCAUGCCUGCGUGGUCAGUGAAACACCCUUGCCCAGCCGGGCGGGCUGCCGCCGGAGCAUCGCUCCGGGUGCAGCCAUGUGGAUUUGCUGGGAGCAGGUCCUAGGAAGUGGCGGGCGUAGCCGGUGCCGCUCGGGAAGGGGGCAGCAUCCCCCAGGUCCAUCCGCUUGGAGCGGGUGGGAUUUUGUGUCACCCGGCGGUGACGAAUCCAAGCUGCCUCGCUCGCUGUCACCUCCCGCGUGUCCCCGUCGGGGGGACCCGCUCUGGAAAGCAGCCYGUGGGACGAGCGAGUCCCGGCACCGAGGUUCCCCGCUGCCCCGAGCAGGAGGCAGCCCGUGCAGAGCAAGGGGAGCUGCUAGAUGUGUUUUUCCUCUCGCCACAAAGCGUAGCAGGCUGAGAUGACUCGUGUAUUAUGUGUCUGUGAACUAACUACAGCCGUUACUGGAAGCUAACGCACUAGAAUGGGGGGAAAAGAAGCAAUACUACUGCAUCUUGGCACUCGAGCUCAAUAAGGGGUACACUUGGUACCUGUUACACCUCUUUGCAUGCAUCUUGUUCACGAGGCUUACUUYGGAUUUUUUAAAUGUUGUGUUUUUACUUCCAUGUAAACUUUUAAAUGCAGCUCGUCCUAUGUUUAGUUUUGUGUAAGGAACUGUUUAACUCAUAACUGACAACCGUACCUGUAAUUACGACGUGAUUGACUGAUGUUCCUGUACAAAUGUUGCUUUUUUWAAAAAUUAAUACAGUGCUGAUAUGGAUGGAUUACAUCCCAACUUA